AUGAAAACGAAGUCAGGUCCAAAGUCCAAGUCCGUAAAGAUAUUCCUGUUUAUGGAAAUCUAUGAUAUUGGGAGACGAAUAAUUUUGACCAACAGAGAAGACCAAGAGGCAUCCAAGAGGGAGCUCGUACAUUGCCUCAAGGUGUGGGAACGAGAGCUCGGCGACAAGCCCGUCUUCGGAGGGGAAACAUCAGGGCUUGUCGAUAUCGCUCUUGUCCCCUUCUAUAGCUGGUUUUAUGGCUAUCAGAAGAGCGGCGGUUUGAGCAUCGAGACACAGUGCCCCAAUCUCAUUGCGUGGGCCAAGAGGUGUUCCCAGAAAGACAGUGUUUCAAAGUCUCUGGCCGACCACAAAAAAAGUUCACGGAUUCAUGUUGGAGCUCAAGAAGAGGUUCGGGGUCGAUUAGAAGCAAAAGGAUCUAAAGUCGUUUAG